GUCCGCACGGCUGCCCCUCCUCACUGUUUCGACCAUGCCCUCCAUCAGCCAGCGCAUGGCCCAGAGCGAGGGCCGCCCGAUUUCAACAAGACGGCCCUCCUCAACAACGGCGCCCGACGCGCCGCCGACGAGCCGCCAGCCCUUCGUGCCCACCACCGACGCCGGCGCCUGGGGCGGCUUCCUCGACGCGCAGGCGCACAAGCCGGGCGGGACGGCGCGGCGCCAGAAGCACGCUCCCCAACCGCCGCCGCCGCCGCCGCCGCCGCCUCCCUCAAAAAAGUGGGACCGCUACGUCGACGCCGCAAGUGGCAAGCCCUACUGGCACGACGCUCAUUCGGGAGAGACGACCUGGGACGAGCCCGUGACGCCACCGCCGCCGCCGCCGCCGCCAAGAGAGCGCUGGGUCGAGUUGUAUGACGACGCGAGCGAGCGCCCGUACUACCACGACCCGGCCUCCGGUAGCGUUCGAUGGGACGAGCCCGAGACGAUUGACGAGCACGGGUCGGCGCUCUUCGCUCUCUCAGGCAAGGCCGUGCCGCCGCCUCCAUCAGAAGAGGCGGAGGAGGCGCCGCCCGCGCGGACGCUCCGCCGGCCGUCGAACCCGUGGCAGAAGAAACCGGCCGCGCCGGUGGUCGACUCAUCGAGCGAGUCGGAGGCAGCCGAUGAUACGGACCUCGCGGCGCGCGUGGCGGCGCUGGAGAAGACGGUCGCGGCGCUCGUGCGGCGCCUGGCGCGUUCUUGACCCCCGUGGCCCCUUCAGCUGAGUAAGUGGGUAG